UCCUCUUUGUGCUGCAGAGAAAGCUGCAUCAGUGAGAGUGGGUGGAGGAGGAGGAGUAGUGCUGGCGGUAGGGAGCCUGUCGGAGCUGUGAGGACAGAGCUGGCUGGAUGUUGACGCGCAUCUCCGCUCAGCCUCAUGAUUUUAUCCCCGUCAGCCUGAGCAGCCUCGGUAUCUUCACCAUGCGGACCACCGAGCCUCCAUCUUCUGCGCCAUCAUACCCCUGGAUGCGCUCCGAUUCGCCUUCCACCAUGACAACUUAAGGCCGACGCUGCUGCUUCAUACUGGGAAUGACAAGGAUCCCAAGAUGGUCCGCAUCGCCAAGGCCCUGGGUUUGGUUAUUCUGUGCGUCGUUGUGCUCAUCCUGUCGCUUAUCAGCUACGUUUCUCUGAGGAAAGACAGCCUCUUCGGCACCAACAAAUAUCCGCGGAUUAUGUUUCACGCAGGCUUUCGGUCUCAGUUUGCAAUGAAUUUCUUGGAUCCUUCCUUCAUCCCACUAACAAAUGCCUUGAAUGAGGAGCUCCAAGGAAAACCAUCCAAUUGGAAGUUCAACAAGACUGCAUAUUACCAGCAGAAGAAAGAAAUCUUCAGCUACAUCGACAUUCCUAAAAACUUCUCCCUCACUAAGAACAGCGUACGUGUCGGCCAGCUGAUGCACUUUGACUACUCCAGCCACAAAUAUGUCUUCUCCAUCAGUAACAACUUCAAGUCCUUACUCCCCGAGACAUCGCCCAUCCUUAACAAACACUACAGUACAUGUGCUGUGGUGGGAAACAGCGGCAUUCUGACUGGAAGCCACUGUGGUCCUGAAAUCGAUCAAGCAGACUUUGUCUUCCGCUGCAACUUCGCUCCUACAGAUGUCUACUCCAAAGAUGUGGGAAAAAAGACCAACCUGACUACAUUUAACCCUAGCAUCCUUGAGAGAUACUACAACAACCUGCUGACCAUCCAAGACAGGAAUAAUUUCUUCCUGAACUUGAAGAAGCUGGAGGGAGCCAUCCUCUGGAUCCCUGCUUUCUUUCUUCACACCUCUGCCACAGUAACCCGGACCCUGGUGGACUUCUUUGUGGAGCACAAAGGCCAGCUGAAGGUUGAACUAGCCUGGCCAGGAAAUAUCAUGCAUGAUGUCAACAAGUACUGGAAAACUAAGAACCUCUCUCCGAAACGUCUGAGCACUGGGAUCCUCAUGUACACCCUGGCAUAUGCCAUGUGCGAUGAAAUCCACCUCUACGGCUUCUGGCCCUUCGGAUGGGACCCCAACACAGGCAAGGAGUUGCCGUACCAUUACUACGACAAGAAAGGGACCAAGUUCACCACAAAGUGGCAGGAGACGCAUCAGCUGCCUAGUGAAUUCAAACUGCUUUAUAAGCUGCACAGGGAAGGCGUGACCAAACUCAGCCUAACACACUGCACAUAGACGUAUGAGUGCCAGAUUAUUUCACACAUCACCCCGGAAACCACCAUCCACAAACAUCAACUGAUUCCCAACAUUUACUGUGUGACAUAAGCAUGAUAGAUGAAAUUAGAUUUUUUAUUCUGCAGAGAGACCAAUGCCACUAUUUCAUUUCCAUCUUUUUGAGUGUGUAAAGCACACAGAUGUUAAAUGCAUUGUUGUUUUGGUAGAGCUAUCAUGCUUUUAUGACUGUCCUUUGCAUGACUGCUGACUAUAGCUUGAACAUUUGGCAAGAACAAACAUCCCUUUGAACUGCAAGGUCAAAUCUUCCAGGUCUGAUUAAUGCAAACGAAUCACCUUUAGAACAGUGUGCUGAUUAAUUACACUGAAAUCACUGCCUAAUCUCAGGGAUGGAGUUAGAUCAGUGUUUUUUCUAAUCAGAUUUUAUGCCUCCAGAGUGGUAUAGUUAUUCUUUUUAGGAUUUUAUCCCGAUGAUUUGUCAGACAAUCUGCACUGCUCCUUGAGAUGGUAUCGUUUACAAGAUUGUCAUAGAUAUUUACAUAUUUGUGUUUAAAUUUCUAUAAAUAGUAAGACUAUCAACCUUGAAUUAUGUUGCAGCUGUUCACCUAUUUCUUUAAUAACUAACAUUCCAAAAAUAAGCCAUAUAUUCAUAAAAACACAAUAUUUGUUGCAUUUAUUGAAAAUAGAGCUGUCGGUGUACAUUUUAUACUUGGAAUAAAGAUAGUCCAGUAGUUCCAUAAAGCCAAUCCAGGGGUAGCUUUUAAAGUGACAGAGGAUUCUUUUUACUAUCUUAAAUAUAGAGUUAAAUAAAUGGACAUGAACAGC